AUGAGGAUUGAUAAUAAUGAGGAUAAUAGUGCAUCAGGCUCUGACGAGGACUACACAGAAAAUAUAAAAAUAUUACUUGAUAAAGUAAGAAAUCGAGGCAAAAAGUUCUCAGACGAUAAGCAAGAAGUAUUUGGUGUUGGAGGGGAUAAAUCAGAAUAUGCUGAAGACAAGUUAAAGAUAAAGAUAAAAGAAAGUUUUAUCAAACUGAUUAUGUAG